AUGGAGAGGAAGAUUAAGGUUGGUGAUUCUUCAAGCAUGGAUGAUGAUGAAGAUAACAUUUGCCCAGCGGAAUUCAGAUGCCCCAUUUCCAUGGAGCUGAUGAAAGAUCCUGUCACCAUCUGCACCGGCGUGACCUAUGACCGCAAGAAUAUCGAGAAAUGGUUCUUCGCUUACAAGAAGAAGAUUUGCCCAGCUACCAUGCAAAGCAUCCACAGUUUCGAUGUCACUCCUAAUCAUACCCUCAACCGACUCAUUCUUGAUUGGCAGCUUAGCAAGCAGUAUAACCAGCAGCACGACUCUUAUUCUCCAUCAUCCUCCUCCUCAUCAUCGUCGUCUCCAUCACCAUCAUCAUCAUCAUCACCAUCAGUGAAGCAGCUGCAUGAUGAGAUGCUUUCAUUGCUCCACACCAUUGACUCAUCACCCUUCAAGGUAACUCCUCUUCGGAAACUUCGAUCUAUUCUAGAAAUGGGAGAUCACAUUCAUCCAAGUAGCAAUAUUUAUAUGAUCAGAAGAGAUUUUAUUAGAUUUGGUGGGGUUGAAGUGCUUGUUCAAAUACUUGUCCAAAUCCUUGUGGCGGAGAUCAGCUCCGAGUUUGUCACUUUCAGAGCUUGUGAGGAGGCUUUAGGGGUUCUCCAUCUACUCCCCUUAAUAUUCUCUCAAGACUCCAAUCAUCAGGAGCUGGAAGAGAGAGCAUUCCAAUUACUGUCAAAACCUGAAUCCAUGAAAUCAAUCGCAAUCGUGCUUCAAAAAGGAAGCGCGGAGGCCAGGUUUUACACCAUUUCCAUCUUCCGCAAGAUGGCUAAAAAUGGUUACGACUGGAAUGGUCUGCUAAGAUCAGAUCAUCUAGGUGGCGGUGGCAAUUGCGGUGGCGUCGACUUGUUCAAAUCUUUGUUAGAGAUUGUAUCGGAUGAAAUUUGCAGCAAGGCAAGCUCAUGCGCCUUGGAAGUACUCAUUCAGAUGCUGGAUUCAUCUAAGAAGAGCCGAUUAAGGGCGAUCGAAGCCGGUGCUGUGUGUGUUCUUAUUGAGUUGCUUCCUGAUUCCAAUGGAUCAAAAUGUGAGAAGAUAUUGCUUUUGAUCAAAUUGUUAUGUGAAUGCGCCGAGGGAAGACUUGCCUUGGUGGAGCAUGCCAUGGGAAUUGCUUCAGUUUCCAAAAAAUUAUUGCACGUCUCUAACACAGCCACUAAGUUAGGAGUGAAGAUAUUCACGUGUUUGCUUUCUAGUUUUCAUCCAACGGAAAGGGUUUUGGAGGAAUUGCUGAUCUGUGGAUCUGUCAAGAAACUUGUGGGAUUGCUGCAUAUGGAUGGACGAUCAUCCACCAAGGAUAAGGUCAUCAAAAUGUUCAAGUUGCAUGGUAAUUCAUGGAUGCGGUACCCUUGUUUUCCUCGUGAAUUGAAGGAUUAUUUGGGUUUAGUAAAUAAUGCUUAA